CCUCUGGCUCCCGCCUUCGCCCGCUUCCGGUCGUCGUCGUCGUCGCCGCUGCCGCUUCUCCUGCUGCUGAGGCUACUGGCGGAGGCCGGAGGAUCGGGCGGCGGCGGCGGCGGCGGCGGGAGCGGAGCGGGACGAGGAGUGAGAGGGAGCGAACCAGGAGCGAGCCGAGCGAGGCCUUUCGUCCGCCCGCCGAACCGCCGCCGCUGCCGCCAGUCCGCCCGUCGGACAAAGCCGAGAGCUCGCGCCCACAGCCAUGUCCUCGUCCGCUGGCAGCGGCCAUCAGCCCAGCCAGAGCCGUGCCAUCCCCACGCGCACCGUGCCCAUCAGCGACGCCGCGCAGCUACCUCAUGAUUACUGCACCACGCCCGGAGGGACUCUCUUCUCCACCACACCGGGAGGAACCCGAAUCAUUUAUGAUCGAAAGUUUUUGUUGGAUCGUCGCAAUUCUCCAAUGGCUCAGACCCCGCCCUGUCAUCUGCCCAAUAUUCCAGGAGUCACGAGCCCUGGCACCUUAAUCGAAGACUCCAAAGUGGAAGUAAACAAUUUGAACAACUUAAACAAUCAUGACCGGAAGCAUGCAAUUGGGGAUGAUGCUCAGUUUGAAAUGGACAUCUAACUCACCAGUAAAGAUUAGCAGAAAAGCAGCUGUAUGGAGACCUGCAUGUACAUGAUUGGACCGAUCAGAUCCACAGUGGAAGCCUGGAGGCCAUACCAGCAGUCCCCAUUGCUGCUUGCACCCCCUUCUUCCAGGUGCCAAAUGAUGGGAUGAUGAGCUUCUGACCAUUUCUCCUCCAUUUCCUGUUUCUCCUCCCACUUAGUUAGAUUGAAGGCCCUGAGACUAUUUCCACAGAACCAAGCAGUCCAUCAUGGAAACAGUUGAACUGGCUUCCUCGGUCACUUUUCAAUUGAGAACUACCUGUCCAACUCAGAUCUGCCCCAAAUCAAAUUUCUGCCCACCGACAACUUCCUGUUGGGAAGUCCAGAGAAAGGACACAGGGGUUUGGUGGGUCCUGCGUUAUCCUUGCUCCUUCUCCUCUGUCUCCUGCCUGUGCUUCAGGGCUGCAGGAGAAGCUAGGUUGGGAUCUUGAAAACCAUCAGGGAAAGUGGCCAAGAAGAGCAGCUUUCCCCUUGGCGUCUGUCCUUGAGGACAGAGUAUAGUUGGUGCAACUCUGGUAGCAUUUUCCUGUGAUACCAUUCUGAGGGCUCCUUCCCCUAUUUCCUCUGGGAGGAAUGUCUUCUUCUGUCUUGGUAUUACAAUCCUUCUUGCUAUUUUCUUAUGUAGCGCGUUUGUAUGGAUAUUUUUAAGCUCCACGUCAGAAGGGAGUCCCAAGUAUCAGCUCUCCUUCACUCUUCCCCCGUUCCUUCCUGCUUGCAUCUUAUUGCUAGCAAAGUCUUUGUAUACUCCAAGUGUCUGGGUGGUUUUGUGCACACCUGGAGCAGGUCCAUCCCAAAUAAGAGAGUCACAACAGCCACCUCUGCUUGAUAAUGCCUGCUGAUAGAACCAUGCCAGGUAACACCCAAGGAUGACCCUGGGAGAGCGCAGGAUGGUUGAUGGGCCCAGUCUCCAUGGUCGCUGCUUUAGGGCCCAUGAGCUGUGUCACUUGUUUUGGCUGGCUGUUCCUAAUAUGGGCAAGUUUAAAGCCAACUCUCAGGUGCUUGCAGACAAGAGCUCUUCCCCUUGGCAAGUCUGCUGUGUUUGGCAGCUGGGGUAGAUAAGACUGGACUUCAAAAUGUGUUCCUCCCAGUUUCUUGCCUUUCCUGUUUUACUCUUGAUUCCCCUUUCUUCUUUCCUUCUUUCUUUUGCUCCUUUCCUUCUCUGCCAGUCCAUUUUUCAAAUCCACUUCUAAGAUACCUCAAGUGUUGGUAUCUGAUAAAACCUGUUACUCCUCUUAUUUGAGGAGUAACCUUUUAUUUUUAAGAUGACUACAGACCUAUUUUUAAAUAUGUUUUCAGUACAAUUCUGAACAGCAACUUUUUAAUUAAUACCUUCCAGUGUUAGGAAGGUGAGAACUGUCCACAAGCGAGUCUGCUGUUCUGUGUCCCAUCCCAUGUCUCCAAUCCAUUCUCCACUUUUCUGCUUUCUCUUCUAGUUCGGGUGUGCAUGUCUGCUGUCUGUAGAGAGUGUUUGUGAAACUGGACCAUUCUGUCUUGUGAUGGGAUGUUCAAAGCCUACCCAUUCCUUGUUCUUGCCCUGCGCUUUCUCAUUCACCCUCCUCGCCACCUGUGUCUCCAGGGUUAUGGACUGGCACAGGAAUCCCAGGAGAGAGACACUUGUCAUAGACAAGUGCAUCCAUCCCCUCAUAGAAAGAAAAAUAAAAAAGUCCUGGGAAUUUCCGCUUGGAUUUGAUGCCCUGAACUCACUUGUUAAGUGAUCAGAUCCCAGGCUAAGAAAGCUGUUUUUCUUUGAAACUCUGAAUGCUCCUGUUUGUGAACACGUUGUAGGAAGAACAGAGGAGGGAUGUGUGUGGGACUUUGUUCUGUUUUCUGCUACAAAAUGUGAAUAGUUCAAAGAGUGAAAACCUUUUGUGAUGGUUGAUGUCUCAGGAAUAAGCUGGAUCUCCAAUGUUUGGGGGAUGCUUUGACUCAAAAAGUGAUAAUCAGAAAAAUAUGUUGUUGUUUGAUAUGUCCCUGUUCUGAUUUUAAUUAAACUACAAAUUUCGCUUUACAUACUCUUUGGAAAACUAAGUUGCUUGAUCAUUUGCAUACGAAGUUUGCCGAGUACCUCUUUGUACCCUGAGAAGUUUGAUUCUUUGGGAGUGAGACUUUUCAUUCUUCUACACUGGUCUUGGCCUCCUGUAGAAUCAGACUCCUGCUGGCCACCAGCUCUCUGCCAGAACCAGCAGCCUCUUCUCCAUCUUUAUUGCGGCCUGUGUUCAGGGAUAGCAGGAUGCCUGUGGGCCCUCUCGUCAGAGCAUAUGCCUGUAGAACUUUGGGGCACAUCACCUUGGUAAUGCUGCAGCCACCCUGUCCCUGCCUGCUGUUUGGUGCAGGUGUUUCCCUGAGGCUGCUGUGUCUGCAGGUGCUUGGGCCUCUAGAAAUCAACAUUUUAAAAUCACUUUAUGAGGCAAGAGAAAUUUCCAGGAGAUGAUAUCUCUGUUUGCCUCUGGAUGUGGGGAAACAAUUCUCAUGGCUGAGAUUUUUCCAUGAGUAACGUAUCCUGAUGGUUUCUAGGAGGGGAAAACCCUUAAUUUACAGCCUGAAUGAGACGGUUACUAGAAGCUUAGUGAACACCUGUACUUUAUGAGGAACCCGUGUUUCUGCACUUCUGGGGACAAUCAGUCUGAAUUGUGGGAAAUAACCUUUUUCCAGAUUUCAGCAGGAUACACGGCAUUGUUGUAUUUUUCACUUACUUUAUAGUGUGAUUCCUUGAGUUUGCCUCUUCUGUUUAAUUAGGUAUUGCACAGGAGCAGACACUGGAUUCUAGGUAUUGGCUUCUGAUCCAAGAGUGUUAACUUCCUGUUGCUGUAACAGAUUAUCCCCAAACUUAGUAUCGUGAACUAACAAACGUUGUCUGUCAGUGUGUGCAUUAGGAUGUGGAAUCACUCAGCAGGGUCUCAUGAAGUUGGGACAGUAUAAUCCAGUUCUGAGUUCCCUGUGUCUGUGGAUGGUGUGCCUCCCAUAGGAGCCGUUCCACCAGGCAGCAUGGUGUCUCCACCUUUACAAUAGCCGGUUUGGCCCUGAGCAAGUGAUCCCAGAGAGGGGGCAGGACAGGAGAAAGUUGAUAUGCAUUUAUUUAAAAAAAAAAAAAAAAAUAUAUAUAUAUAUCAAAGUCAAUUUAUUGGAAAGAUAGAGAUCUUCCAUUUUUCGUUAAUUGUCCACAGUAGCCACAAAGAGCCAAAGCCUGGAGCAGGGAACUGAAUCCAGGCCUCUCAUAUGGGUGGCCGAGACUCGACCACUUGAGCCAUCAACACUGUCUGCUAGAAUACAUGUCACAUCAUCAGGAGUUGUGUGGGACUUGGGUACCCUGCCUGUCAGUUCAACUACUAGGUCUAACACCCACCUGUCGUGCCUUUUAUGACAUAGUCUCCAAAAGCACACACCAUCACCUCUUCUUUAGCAACUAACCACUAAGCCUAGCCACCCUCAAGGAGAGGAAUCCCCACAUCCCACCUGCAUGAAGCCAGGUCCACUGGAGGCAGGUAGUAUCUGCAAUGGUAGGCUUGACACAUUGCUACAAAAACAGUCAUCUGAGAUGCCUCUCACCAAGGUGGGGCAGAAGACAGACUGUUGCCCUUUCCCUUAAGUUGCUUCCUGGUUUUAGGGGCAUGGUGAAAACUGGGCAGCUUCCAGAAGUGGAGUGGCCAUAUGCCUGGCUAGCAGCAGCUCAGGGAAUGCUUGUCUGCAAGUCCUAAACUUGAUUUCUCUAAGAUUCAUUCACUGUUUAUUUUCCUUUAGUGAGGAGAAGGAACUGGAUCCUCCCAGCUGAGCCACUAAAGCUGAGUUAGAGUGGGGAUUGUUAAAGGAGCUGAUGAAACAGCAGCCAUUGGGAUUCAGGGUGAAGUAGAAGAAGGGAUCUGGAGGUGGGGUGCGGUCAGUUUUUGAGGCCUGCUCUGCUCCCCUAUUUCAGGUCACAGUGAAAAUAGGCAGCAUCGGAGACUCACAAGAGUCUGCUUGCUGCUUCUUUAGAACUUGGGAAACUGAGCGUUUCUGAAGGGGAUCAGUCUUAUCCUCGCCCUCAAUAUAGAGACAGACAAUGUCUGAUGUGCAUGUGAGGCACCCGUUCCCACCAUGCCUUAAGCAAUAUCAAGUAACUUAGACAGGUGGGUUCUAUGAAAAGCCUCUUGCUGGUAUCCCGUCUUGCUUUCAAGUGUACUUGUGUAAGAAGCAUUGCUGCUGAAGCCAUGUUAGAAAAAAAUUUUCCCCUAUUUGGGUUACCAUUCUGGGAGUUUCAGAUCUUGCCUACCCAGUUCAGACACCAUUAUAACUGGACACUUUCAUUGGAAUGCAGCAUGCUAGAGCUGUGGGUUUCAUUGCUGAGUCCAUCAUCAAGUCAAUCAGAGUGCCUGCUUUCAAGGCCACCAGCGUAAAAGGCUUGGGUUAGAAGUAUCCUGGAAACGGUUUCUCUUUCCAUGUCUCAGUUGCUAACUGCCAGCACCCUUGGCCCUUUGCAUUCCAUUUUUGAGAGCAGGCCUUCCUGUCUUUGUCUGGACUACACACAUAACCAGUUGAUGAGACCCAAUUACUUACCCGGCCCUCACUUCUGGGAGAAGGUAGGAUUUUUUUGAAUGAAAACAUUGCUGCUUUGAGAGGACAAUUUGUCUGGUUUUCGGGGGGAGGGGCACAGUGCUCCUUCCCGAAUUCUUAGCAUUUACAUUAAAGCGGGAUCUGAUCUUUAUGCAGGUGGAUCAUUGUUCUGCAGAAUGCCAUAACCCAGAGAUGUUUCCUGUUCCAGAAGCAGGCUUCUUGUUCAGGAAUUUCCUUGAGGCUAGCUCAUGACCAAUACUAGUUUUUCCAGUUAAUCAUCUGCAACAUCUUUCCCAGCUUCCUGUAGGCUAGUGCUGGAAGUUGACACCUUUCAAGUUGCUGUGUAGAUGGUCUGUUGCUUUUCUUUGCUUGUCAGCCUCUGGCAGCAGCCCUGAUAAACCAUGCUAUAGGGCAUGGAUGCCCGAUGGAAAAUAUGGCUGAUGUAGGACACAAGUUCCAAGGCAUUUAACUCUCACUCUGCUACCUUCCCAUGUGCCUGAAGCUGGCAGAAGGGGCUGCCCUACCUUGAAAAUUGUGUAGCCAUCCUGAGAUUUCCAAAGGGAGCUCCUGUCAGUGCUGAAAACCAAGAUUCCCUGUAGAUUUUAACUGCUUAGAGAAUUCCAUCAGCCCAGCAGAGAAUACUAGUUCUUGUCCCAGUGCACCUCUCUCCUCUCCAUCUUCCAAGCAGUCCAAGCCAAGGCCUUGGGCAUUUUGAGUUCAAACGGGGCGGGGGGGAGGGUGAAUCUCUACGUGGUGUUGCAGUUCCUCCUGGUGGCCGCCCCCAGUCACCGAGUCUGCGCCAGUGCCUUUCCUGCACCCAUACAGGGAGUCCAUCUCUUGCCGAGACUCUGCCACCCCAGGGCUCAAUCUUGAAGAACCCAGGGUACACUCACAUUUUGAGGUGUCCAUUUUAAGCAUCUUUAUUUUUAAUUUCUUCUCUAUCUUAGUGCCACCAGGUUUAUCCAUUGUGAAUAGAAAGCAGAAACUGCCAGCUCUUUCCUUGGACUUCCCUGCUCCCUUGGUAUGUGACCCCUCACCCCAUUCCGUCCAUUUCACUGUCAUGGAUGGGUAGCAGAGGGCUCCCAUGCAGUUUUUCAGGUGGUCCUGUGUGAUCCCAUGACCAGUUUAUGUUGUUUAACCAAUCUUUCAAACCAGCAAAUGUUUGGAAAUUAGGGGAAAAUGAAAUUCUUUCCAGUGGUUGCUGUUACAAAGAAAUCAAUAAAAAUUUUGAAUAUCAA